AUGCCCAACAAGACCACCGUCCUCGGCAAGCCCAACAGCGCCGAAGUGCAACCAGACGGAACGGCGACCAACGUUACCACAAAGGGCGAAUUUGUCCAGUCAUCCGAUCCUACUGCCCACCCCGAUGCCAGUCUUGGCCAGAAGCUCAAGGGCGACGUACAGGGGGCUCUGCACACAGCUACUGGAUCCCUCCAGUCGGCAGCUGGUGCAGUGACAGGAAACCAAAAGCUGAAGCAGGAAGGUCUUCACAAGAUGCAAGAAGAAGAUCAACGUAUCGGUGCCAAGCACGGCAUCAUGCCUGUCGGCAGCGGCUUGAGAGAAAAGGCCUCUGGCGUACCAUCGACGGUUGAGCAGACACAGACUAGGCCCGCCGAGUAG